GUCCAACGAGAACCGAGAAGACAAAGGUAUCUGAACGGGGGGUGACUGAGCUCGUGCGCGAGAUUGCCGAGCUCAAGCGCCGAGUAGAGACGAGGGCCCCCUACAGCCAGCCAUCUUGCGCACGGUAACCCCGUUCACUAUGAGGGUUAUGUCAGUUCCGCUGCUUGCAAACUUCCGGCCGUGGCAGAUCAAGGCUUACAGCGGGACGACGGACCCCCAAGAUCAUUUGUCAAAGUUCUAUGCUUCGAUGGAAGCGGCGGCAGCCCCGGACGAGGUCAAGUGCCGGUGCUUCCUCGCGACGCUGGAGGGUUUCGCGUGCGAUUGGUUCAACUGGCUCCCGAAGGGAACCAUUGACGAUUGGGAUACACUGGCGGAGAAGUUCGUGACGCAUUUCGCGGCCAACAGAAGGCAAAGAGACGUGCACGGGGCGGACGACCAAGCUUUAGUGGCGAUGUUCCAAGCAGCUCUUCCCCGCGGAGAGGUGAGGAAGGAGCUCCGCAAGAAUCCUCCUCCCACGUACCAAGAAACCUUGGCGCGCGCUAAGUUCCUAGCUUCGGAGGAGUUCGAUGAUGCCCCCGACUCUGAGGCCGCCAAGCGAGCUCCCGCGGACUCGGGAGAGAUUGCGAAGAAGAGGAAGAAGAAGAAGGACUACACAGCGGGCCCUAGGACGUCCUCGGCCGGUGUAUACUCCGUCGGCGCGUCCGUGGGGAUGGGUCGAGAGCUAGCCCUCUCCCCGCUCCCUCACUUGGAGGCUUACGUGGUUUCCAGCGGUAGCAAGUACUGCGAGUAUCAUCGUAACAACACUCACAACACUAAGGAAUACUUCACUCCCCAGAAGGAGAUGCAGCGACUCAUCGCCCGAGGGCCGGCUCCGCGAGACGAUGGAGCAGCCCCAUCUCGGGGGCCGCCAGAAGGGAGGACUUGGAGGAAGCCGACCGAGCCGGUCGUGGUGGCCAUGCAAGCAAGGAACCCAGAGAAGAGGCACAUCGGGCGGGAGUGCGAUGAUCUAGACGAGGACGAAGCCCAGGGGUAUCCGGUCAUGGAGAAGGAUCUUCCAAACACGCCGAGUCCCCAUUGGGAUGCCUUGGUCGUGAGAAUUGAGAUCAACGAUGCCAUAGUGCACCGCACCUUGGUGGACACGGGGAGCUCAGUUAACGUAAUGUACGAGAAGACUUUCCAAGACCUCGGCCUGAACCGUAAGGACUUAAGGCCGGUGCGCACUCCUCUCUCCGGGUUCACUAGAGACUCCAUCGAGGCUGAAGGAGUCAUCACUAUGCCCGUGAUAGUAGGGGAUGGUGCGCACAAGGCCAAGCUGAAGAUGGAGUUCAUGAUUGUAAGUAUCAACUGUGCACACAACAUGAUCCUAGGACGGCCCGGCCUUGAGGACUUGGAAUGCGUGAUCUCCCCGUACUACUUAUGCAUGAAGUUUCCCACUCCUUUGGGAAUUGGGGUGGCGAGGGGAGAUCAGAAGCUAGCUCGAUCGUGCUACGUCCGAAUCACGAAGAAGUUGCCAAGGGACGAGAUGAUGGUCGUGCACGCGCACGAGGAAAUGCGGAAGCUGGAAGGACGGUCGAAGGCCGAGCCCGCCGAGGACGUCGAGGAGGUGCUGCUCGACCCUCGGGCACCCGAGCGGAAGGUGAAGAUCGGGGCGAGCCUGACUGGGAGCCAACGGAAGCACUUGAUGGACGUGCUCGCUGCCUACCGCAUGAUGUUCGCGUGGGGACCCGGGGAUAUGCCGGGGGUGGAUCCCAAGAUCAUAUGCCACCGACUUGUGGUCAACCCGGAGUCUAGGCCGGUGAAGCAAAAGAAGCGGUUCCUCUCGUCCGAGCGGAGGGAGUUUGUCGCCAAAGAAAUUGAAUUCAAGCCGAGACUAGCGAUCAAGGGCCAAGCGCUAGCUGACUUCAUGGUGGAGUGCACCGCUCGGGAGGAGCCGAGGCCGGAAGAGCCGGAAGCCGACGACUCGUGGACAGUUUUUACCGACGGCUCCUCCGCCGCCAAAAACUCGGGGGGUGGAGUGGUAGUCAUCGCUCCCGAAGGCUUCCGAGCAUACUACCCAAUACGAUUCGGCUUCAAGGCAUCAAAUAAUGAGGCAGAGUAUGAAGCGCUCCGGUGCGGGCUACGCCUAGCAGCCGGAAUGAACGCGACGAAGCUAAGGGUAAAGUGUGACUCGAAGCUCGUAGUUGGCCACGUCUCGGGAGAGUUCGAGACGAAAGACGAAAGAAUGAAGAAGUACACAGAUACCGCUCUAGAAUUGCUUAAGAGCUUCACCACGCAUAGUGUGGAGAAUAUCCCUCGAGCAGAGAACGCCGAGGAGGAUAUCUUGUUGAAGCUGAGCUCAGACACGCCCGAGCAUAUCAGGCGAAUGGCGAACGUGGAAGAAUUGUCCGAGCUGAGCAUCCAUGCUUUCCCCGUGGCAAUGAUAUGUGCUCGGCCAAGAGAUUGGACGGACGACAUAGUCGCCUUCCUGAAGGAUGGCUACCUCCCGGAUAAUGCAAUGAAGGCCAAGCUGGUCCGGACUAGGGCACCGGGGUACACUUUGGAGGGCGAAAAGCUAUACAAGCGAGCCUACCACAGUACGCUGCUCAGGUGCCUACGGCCGACUGAAGCGGAACAAGUCAUGGGCGAGGUGCAUGCAGGGAUAUGCUCCGCCCACCAAGGGGCAUACGCGGUGUCAAGGAAGAUAACCCUCCAAGCAUAUUUUUGGCAAACAAUUGUUAAGGACUACGCUGAGUUCGUGAAAAAGUGCAAGGUUUGCCAAGAGUUCCAGAAGGUGCCGGGGAGGCCUUCAACAAACUAUACCCCCAUCAACACAGCCAUCCCGUUCGCGCGAUGGGGGGUGGACCUUGUCGGCACACUUCCCAGAGAACCCGCUUUGACCGAAUCCGGAUGUCUUUCCCGGACAGGGGUCGAACAUUCGUGCUUGGCGCUCCUCCUCAGGAGGAAGGCCGAGCGCGGACCACACCCGGAUGUUUUUCCCGGAUGGAGGUCAACAUUCGCGCUCGGCGCUCCUCACCGGAAGGAAGGUCGAGCGCAGACCAUGCCCGGAUGUUUUUCCCGGAUGAAGGUCAAGCAUUCGCGCUCGGCGCUCCUCCUCGAAAGGAUGGUCGAGCACAGACCAUACCCAGAUGCUUUUCCCGAAUGGAGGUCAACAUUCACGCUCGGCGCUCCUCCUCAGGAGGAAGGCCGAGCGCAGACCAUACCCGGAUGCUUUUCCCGGAUGGAGGUCAACAUUCACGCUCGGCGCUCCUCACUGGAAGGAAGGCCGAGCAAAGACCAUACCCGGAUGUUUUUCCCAGAUGAAGGAGCUCUCGCGGGGGAUAACGAGUAUGAAAGGUAUUUGGCUGCAAAGGACCACCGUGACAGAAUGAAGAGAAAAAGGGGUGAUGCCUCUACUUCUGGUGUCGUUAAAGAUAUAAUAUUACAUGUGUAUCGCAAGGGUUUUGACCCAACAUACCUGCGAUGGAAAUGGCAUGGAGAGUUAGAAAAUCCUUGCAGCUCUAGCUAUACUCAUAAUGAACAAGUCGAGGAUGAUAGCCAAGACAUCCACAAUCUUGAGGUUGAAUUGGAAGAUGAGUUAGGGGCCACUCAAGAUGUUCCUCCUGAUCAAGUCGUCAUUGAUGAAGAGCGUAAUAUGUUAUCUCACAUGAAGAUUUGGGACUGUGAAGCAUAUGUUAAACGUCUGUUGACGUCAGGCAAACUUGAUGCCAAACCUGACAAAUACGACAUAUUAUUAAUGGGGAAUGAUGUUCCUACUCUAUCCUCUGUAAAGACUUGGCUGAGUAAGAACUUGUCCAUGAAAGACUUGGUAGAUGCAAGCUAUGAUCUUGGAAUCGGGAUCUAUAGUGAUAGAUCAAGGAAGCUGAUUGGCUUAAGUGAAAAGGAAGAAAAGAAACGCAUGGAAAAUGUUCCAUAUGUGUCUGCCAUUGGAUCGAUCAUUUAUUCCAUGAUAUGUACGACACCUGACGUCGCCUAUGCACUUUGUAUCACGAGUAGAUACCAAUCCAAUCCUGGUGACAGUCAUUGGAUGGCUUUGAUGACCAUCCUUAAGUACUUACGAAGAACUAAGGAUUCCUUCUUAGUUUAUGGCGAACAGGGAGAGCUCAGAGUAACUGGUUACACUGAUGCAAGCUUCCAAACGGACAUGGAUGACUUUAAUUCACAGGUAGGUUAUGUUUAUUGUCUAAACGGCAGAGCUGUAAGCUGGAAGAGCUACAAGCAAGACACUAUCGCAGAUUCUGCUACAGAAGCAGGGUGCAUGGUAGCUUCCGAAGUACCAAAAGAAGGUGUUUGGAUAAAGAACUUCCUCACGAAACUUGGAGUGGUUCCGAGCAGUCGAGACCCCAUCCCCUUGUUUUGCGAUAACACUAGGGCCGUCGCACAAGCUAAAGAACCAUGGUCUCACCAGAAAACCAAGCACAUUGUAAGACGUUAUCACAUAAUACGAGAAAUCCUAGAAUGUGGAGAUGUAGAAUUUUGCAAGAUAGGAACAGAUGAUAGUCUAGCAUAUCUAUUGACCAAAGCCCUGGGAAGGAUUAAGUACGAGGGUCACAUUUCGUCCAUGAGCAUUCGAGAAAUGCAUAAUUGGCCUUAGUGCUAGUUGGAGAUUGUUGAUAUAUAUAAGCCCUAGAGGCCAACUUAUGAUUUGUAUUUGGAUUAUUUCAAGAAUAAAGGCUCUGAAGACGG